UAUUCAGUGCUCCUAUUGGCUGCCUUUGGGUUAAGCUGACCAAUCACUGGUGAUUUCUUAAGCACGUGUAACGUGGGAACAGCAGGGUCUUUUAAGCAUACUGUUCAAGGUCAUUGGUGGAAAUACAUAGCCUGUAGAUGGGGGUCCUUUCAACGCUUACACGGGGGCUCGUGAGAGGAGCUGACAGAAUGUCGGAGUUCACGAGCAAACGCGGGCCCAAUACUUUCUACAAGAGCCGAGGUGCCAGACCCACCGGAGUGCUCACCUCCAGCAGAAAAUUCAUACCCGUCCGGGCUAUGAUACCAGAAUUUGUGGUGCCAAAUUUGGAGGGCUUUAACCUGAAACCCUAUGUAUCAUACAAGGCUCCAGAAGGUACGGAGCAACCCAUGACUGCAGAGUCCCUCUUCAGUCAAGUGGUGGCUCCACAGAUCGAGAGAGACAUUGAGGAGGGGGUUUUCAAUAAGGACAAUCUUGAGAAAUAUGGAUUGGAGAAAACACAAGAUGGAAAGUUGUUCAAGCUGUACCCCAAAUACUUUACCCGUUAGCACUUUCUAUAUUUAAGAAAUGUGCAAUGGACUCUAAGCAGCAUUUGUUUUGUUAAAUGUUUGCAAUUGUGAUGUUUUGUUAACCCAUUCAACAAGAGUCAUCAAAGAUUAAAACUAUUUCAUACAGAGCCAUUUCUUUAGAAACUAUGCCUCAGUAUUGCAGAAAUGCAAUAAUGAUAUUGGCCUCAUCAUGUUGUGAUGGAGAACAACCCACUGACAGUAAAACUGCUUCUAUUUAUGCUGAAUAAAUGUAUACACUUAGAUUUAGUGGUUAUUUUAUUGUACAAAUUGCAUUUUUGUAAUAAACAGUCAGCACAUUUGAAAUAUAUAA